CAACAACAAAACAAAAUCCUUUAAGUGAUUAAAAAAGGUUGAAUCCUUCUCUUCUUCUUCUCUUUAACUUAUCGGAUUAGAGACUAGAGACUCUCCUUUGGUUGGUGGUGUUAGAGAUCUUUGAUUCAUGGCGGCCGUCCAGCAAGAACCGGAUCGAAACAUCUUGUCUGGUGAAUCUACUGAGUCACUAAACAUAUUGACCCUGAAUGCGGAAGAGAAACCUGCAGAUCCAGAUAACUUGAAGGACCAGUCUCAUUCCACCAAAGAUGAGCAGCAGAUGGUUCCUGCCAAUCCUUCUCAGGAUGCAGCCCCCACAGGUGCCCUUAGAGAUGCCACAGGUCAAUCAGCAUCUGUAGGUGCAGCUGGAGAUCGUAGCACUGGCUACCAACCCAAUAUCUAUGCACCUCAGGCCCAUACGUUCUACUAUGGAGGUUAUGACAACAGGUUUGGUGAAUGGGAUGAAUAUCCUCACUAUGUUAAUGCAGAAGGCUUGGAAAUUAGAUCUUCUGGCGUCUACAGCGAAAGUCCAUCCCUUGUAUUCCAUACUGGUUUUGGGUGCAAUCCUCAGAUGCCAUAUGGGCCAUAUUCUCCGGUGACAACUCCUCUUCCAUCUGCUAGGGGAGAUGGCCAGCUAUACUCUCCACAGCAAUUUCCAUUUGCAGGUCAGCCUUAUUACCAGCAACCAGUUCCUCCUAGUAUGCCAUAUAUUUCCUCACCAACUCCAGUUUCACAAGCGGAGCUGACAAUGCCUGUUAGCAUAGAUCAACAAGGGGAUGGGAUGCUUUUUGGGCCUAGACCUGGUUAUCCUCCUCCAUUCAGUUCUUUCGGUAUUGGAAACAAUUUUGAUGGAAAUUCUGGUAGGGGCAGUUUCUAUGAUUUGCGGCAAGGGUACGAGGGGUUUGGAUCUGGUGCACCCUGGUCAGAUUGGUCAAAACCCAUGGAUGGGCAGAGGUCUUUGUCACCAUUGUCAUCUCCAGCAGCUUCUCCACAGCCAUUUGGAUCAUUUGGGCACAACAUUGGAAUGGCUUCUCAACAGCAAAGACCAAUAUAUGGGUUUGGAUCUGGUUCCAGCUCAUAUACCAGAGGGUAUCCUAAUGGUGGAAUUUAUCAAGGAUCUAGUUUUGGGAGUGGAUCCCUUUCCAGUUUGGGUACAAACACCCGGAGCUGGAUGGUAAUGGAGAAGGGCAGACGAAGAGGAAGGGGAACUGGAUCCUUGUGUCUUUGUAAUGGAACAAUUGAUAUCUUUAAUGAGCAGAACCGAGGACCAAGGGCUUCAAAGUCAAAGGGCCAGAUCACUGCUGAGCACGGUUCUUCUGUUGAUAGUGGCAAGAGCAGCAUAUCUAAAGUUGUCACCCAUAGUGAGUCAUACAACGGUCCUGAUUUUGUAACAGAAUACAACGAUGCCAAGUUCUUCAUUAUCAAAUCCUACAGUGAAGAUAAUGUCCACAAGAGCAUUAAAUAUGGUGUCUGGGCCAGCACACCAAAUGGUAACAGAAAACUUGAUGCUGCUUAUCGUGAAGCUAAGGAGAGAAAAGCUACCUGCCCUGUCUUUCUGUUAUUUUCAGUGAAUGCUAGUGCACAGUUCUGUGGGGUGGCCGAGAUGGUAGGGCCUGUAGAUUUUGAUAAAAGUGUGGAUUAUUGGCAGCAAGACAAGUGGAGUGGCCAGUUUCCUGUCAAGUGGCACAUUAUCAAAGAUGUCCCCAACAGUCAUUUUCGUCACAUUAUACUCGAAAAUAAUGAUAACAAGCCUGUGACUAAUAGCAGAGAUACUCAGGAGGUCAACUUAGAACAGGGCAUUGAGAUGUUAAACAUAUUCAAGAAGUAUGAAACUGAUGUGUCCAUUCUAGACGAUUUUGAUUUCUAUGAAGACCGGCAGAAAGCGAUGCAGGAAAGGAAGGCAAGACAGCAAACCAGCUUGAUGGCUGCGCCUGUGGCUGGCUCACAUGAGCACCGGAAUCCUGUUUCAUUGCCCAAUGACUUGGUAAAGCAGAUGUCAAAGAGCUUUGCACAAGCCGUUAAGUUGGACGAUUCCAGUAGAGCAGGCCUGACCACAGAACAAAGUGGAUCUGCCCUCACUGUUCCCAUGAGCAUGGGAGUUAAAUCUGAAGAUACAAAAACAUCGAUAACAUUGCCAGCUUCAAGUGUGCAGAGCAGUUAGGAGGUGAUGGUGGCAUGUUGUGAAGGGUGGUUGCUGGAAUCUGACGUUCACUUCCCUUUUCCAUUCAAAUUUUUUUAUGCGGGCAGGUGGAAGCUGUGUGUCAGAUGUCUAAGAAAUUCAGAGUGCAUUGCCAUAUGCGUGGAGAGGUGAAGUAAUGUUCAAAGGCUGACGCAACUUGGUGUAUAGUGUAUGUCUGAUUGUAAUUUUAGUUUCUAUUUUCUUUUCUUUAUUUUUUUUCGCUAUGGGUUUUGUGUUCGGCCAUGUAUGUACACGGCCCGUUGCUGCAGCCAUCGGAUGGGGAAGAGAGGGUGUGUGUAAUACCAUUUCUGUUCCUUCUGGACUAGAGCGCUGAAACACCGACCAUGUACAUAAUGACGGCACAAAAACCAGAGCUUUCUUUUAUGGUUAUGUUUUGUUGGGUGAGAGCAGUUAAUUGAAGCUGCUGGAUGACAAAAGCCUUUGAAAAGUUUUCUCAUCUUGGAAGGCAGACAAAUAAUAUAAUGUAGCAAGGCCUUUUAGAAAUUGCAUGCAUAA